AUGGGACACGAAACGUCUAGAAAUACGGGAGAAUCUGAGGCGGACGAGGGUCUGUGGGGUGGUGAGAGUGUGCUGAAGGGUUAUGUUGAGUCGAGACCGUACACGAAGAAGAAGGUUUUACCCCGUCACUGGGUACCACACUUAUGGUUCCCUUACUUGAAACAGGGUGUAUUUUACUCGGAGAUAUUGGAUCGCUUAAUGAAAAUAACGGUCACCGAGAGGACGUGUCGAUUGAUUGAUAAACACUUCGGCAUCGAUUUGUAUCUGCUGGAAACACCCGAGAUUGAUCUGGCAUCCGGGUUCUGUAAUAAUAAUAAUAAUAAUAAUAAUAAUAAUAAUUUGAGACUGGGUAAUAAGCUAAAACGCGAACUAUUGAUAGCAUUAGCCAAGGAGGAGUAUUUUGCGGAUGAUGCGGAGAGGCAUUCGUAUAUUCGGAAUAAGUACUCGAGGUUCAAGAUACCGCUCGAGGAGGCGGAGUGGGUCGGGUUGGAGCUGAAUGAGGCGUGCAGGAAACAACAGGAUAUCGAAGAUGCACAACAUCCAGAGCCAUUGAAAUAUAAAUUCGAGUUGGAUUUG